AUGCUCGCUACAUUUCUGUCGUGCGUUGCGGUGUUGGGCAUCCUCUACCUCUACCAUGUGAACCGUGCGAUGUGCAUCGUGCCUGAAGAGGCUCGAAGGUUAUCUCCUCAUCGCUGGACCGUCGACGAGAUCAAAGCUGCGUACAAACAGGCUGUCCAUGCCCCAGUUGAUGUGGCCAAAAGUCUUCCUUCAAGGCAGAACCGACGCUACAUCGUUGUUGGAGGGUCAGGGCUUCUCGGUAACUGGAUAAUAUCACAUCUAAUUGCUCGCGGGGAGACUGCAGCUGCUAUUCGAACAUUGGACGUCAACCCACCUAGUCGCGCAUUGUUGGAUCUUGGUAUUACUUUUGUACGGACAAAUAUAACGGACCAGGCAGCAGUCCAGAGCGCGUUUUUGCAGCCAUGGCCAUCCAAACUGGCAGGCUUGCCGUUAACUGUCUUUCACAGUGCUGCUGUCAUCCGACCAACAGAACGACACAAGGCAUUUCUUUCACUUUCCCGCAAUGUGAACGUCGGCGGGACUAUCAAUGUACUUAAUGCAGCCAAACAGGCUGGCGCCACAUGCUUCAUCUCGACCUCGUCGGGUUCCGUUAGCAUUCGUCGUGCCAGGUUCUGGAUUGCUCCUUGGGAAAGGAUACCAAAGCAUUUCGUGCAAGUUGUCAGUGAUGCGACUGAACCGCCCAAGCAACAUGAUCAGUUUUUCGGCAACUAUCCCGUUACAAAGCUGGAGGCGGAGCGCUUCGUACGCGCAGCAGAUGACCUUGAAUCGGGCUUUCGCACCGGCUGCAUUCGGCCUGCAAAUGGGAUCUACGGUAUUGGCGACGAAGCAAGCACUUCUAUUAGUGGCAUGUACCUGAGAAUGGGUGGCGCCCCAACGUGGCUCUCCCCAACAAUCCAAAACUUCGUCAACGCCGAAAACGUCUCCAUUGCUCAUCUUCUCUACGAACAACGCCUGAUCGAACACACGGCAAACUCAUCCUCCAAUCCCAACAUCGGAGGUUCUGCCUACACAGUAACAGACCCAAACCCCGCCAUAACAUUUGGGGACAUGUACCUCCUCCUCGAGACCCUCGCCACAACCCCAAUCCGGUUUCCCAGCAUCCCACCACUGCCCAUGCUCAUGCUAUCCCACAUAUUCGAGUGGUACAUCCUCCUACGGCACUUUUAUCUCCCGUGGCUUCCCCGGCCGACGAAUGAGAUUAGCCAAUUGCAGCCGGCGCUUUUUGCCGUCUCGAAUCCGCAUGUUGUUAUUGAUGACUCGCGGGCGAGGCUGGCGCCAGAGCAGGGUGGAUUGGGGUAUGAGCCGCCGUUGACGAGUCUGGAGGGGUUGUGUAAGCAGCUUGAGCAUUGGAAUCGGCUUGCUGCUGAGAAGGGGGCAGCGGCCAUGGUGGGGAAGGGGUUGAGGACUUAUACUAGCUAG